GUCGAGGGACGAAGGUUCAUCUCGGUUGCCAUGUUUGCACUAAGGCGUCUUACUCUGCCCGAAGUGAAGGAUGCUAUCAUCGUCUCAUCUGCCAUAGAGUCUGAUACAUUCGUUAUUCCAAAGGAUAUUGAUAGACACAGAGUUCGACUCCUACGCAAUCGUAUUACGGCACGAUGUGGAGACCUCUUAGAAAUCAAACCACCCUUUGUACAGCUAGUACAUGAGAAUGUAAGAGAUUUCUUGCAAAGAGAAGUCGCUGGUCCGUUCAUAAUGAAUGAUAAAGAUGGAAACGACGGCAUGUUAUCGGUUUGUGUACGGUAUCUUAAGAUUUCACUUACUCGGGACACAGUAUCGGAUAGCAGUACGAAAACUUGGGAAGAAAAGGAUUACGCGGAGUUUUUAAUGCUGAUAAAUGACAGGCCCUUCCUUGAUUAUGUUAUAUCGUUUCUCCCAAGUCACUUGAAAUUAGCACGAAGACCAUCUGUGAUGAAGGAAUGGCAACCCAACAACUCCUAAAUGCUAGGGCACCUGUGAAUGAGAAGAAUCUAAUCGGUGAAGAACCGCUUCAUUUGGCAGCUGCCUGCGGCCACGAACAUGUUGUCGCUUUGCUGCUCAGGAAUGGGGCUACGAGAUAUGUCAAAGAUCGGUACGAUAGAACAGCGCGAUAUAGCGCUGUGGGAGUUGGUCAUUGUGGAAUCGUAACGCUGCUGAUUGCACUAGGGAGAAUGGACAUACGGAGAUUGAGCAGAUGCUUCUUCCGAAAGAUGAAGAUGGUCC